CUAAAUAAAAAGCGGCGGCACGAGAGAGAGAGAAGAAGAAAAGGAAAUCCCCACCGGUCUGGUCGGGAAGCUUCUGGACUCCAGACUAGAGGCGACGCCACUGAUCUCCUCCUCCCAUCGAGCGGCGCUCUCUGUUCGAUCCCAAAUCGUUCGCGAUCAACAUGGGAAGAGGCUACAGCUACAGUCCAUCCCCACCACCAAGAAGCUACAGAGGAAGGGCACGCAGCCCAAGUCCCCGUGUUCGUUAUGUGGGCCGAGGUAGAGAUCUCCCAACCAGUCUUCUGGUCAGGAACCUUCGUCGGGACUGCAGGCCAGAAGACCUUCGUCGGCCAUUUGGACAAUUUGGCCGCCUUAAAGAUGUAUAUAUUCCAAGGGAUUACUAUACUCGGGAGCCGCGAGGAUUUGGCUUUGUCCAGUACUUUGAUCCUGAAGAUGCUGCUGAUGCAAAAUACUAUAUGGAUGGGCAAGUUGUCCUUGGCAGGGAAAUAGCUGUUGUUUUUGCGCAGGAGAACCGUAAGCAUCCUUCUGAGAUGAGAACCAGAGAAAGUAGCAGAGGUCGAUCUUAUGACCGGCGGCGCUCUCUUUCUCCAAGGGGCCGGUCGCCUUUCCGUGGCCGAAGCUACUCAAGGUCUCCAUCGCCUCGGUACGAACGGCGCAGAUUCAGAGAGGACUCCUACUCCCGCUCGCCUGUGGAUGGCAGGUCGAGGAGCGGGAGUCCAUUGCAUGAGCAUUACAGCAGGUCUGCGCAAAGAGAGAGGUCCAUUUCUGCCAGUGGAUGAAGUAGUGUCGUCCCAAAGUUUAGAACAGCAGUGAAGCUGAGUAUUGUAGUUGCUAUGCCUUUGAGAACUUUGUUAUCUGUGGAUCUUUGUUAUCUGUGGAUCUAUGAGUCUUAUGUAUCGCUAUGAUGUACUUGUAAAAGUUUGUUGAGCUACGGUGCAUUGUGCUUACGCUGAAUUCA